UAACGUCACUGCAGAGUCCACAUUGCAAGACACCCGUCUCUCUCUUGUUCUUCGCACUCUCUCUCUCCUCUGAUCAAAACCUCCUCUGCUCAUACUCUUCCAGAGUGAGAGGGGGAAGGAAAAAGCGCGUUAUGGACAAGCGCGGCGAGACCACGGCGGCGGAGGCGGUUCCGGCCGAAUGGGCGUCGCCGAGCGGGGAAACCGGGCUGGAAGAGUCCGUGCGGCAAUUAGGGCUCGGCGGCGGCGGUUACCCGGAGAGGUCCGGCGAGCCGGAUUGUAUCUAUUAUGUAAGGACUGGAUUCUGUGGCUACGGCAAUCGCUGCCGCUUCAAUCAUCCUCCCGAUUGUACUGCGGCGAUCGGAGCUUUUAGAGCAAGUGGAGAUGAGUACCCCGAGCGCACCGACCAGCCUGUCUGUAAGUACUACAUGCGAACAGGACUGUGCAAAUACGGCGCGUCGUGCAAGUAUCACCAUCCUAAGCAGGGCGGCGGCGCGUUCUCAGUUGCAUCGGCACUAAACGUUCUCGGCUACCCUUUGCGCCCGGGCGAAGACGAAUGCGCAUAUUUCAACAAAACCGGGAAAUGCAAGUUCGGCAUUACCUGUAAAUUCCAUCAUCCGCAGCCCGCCAUUUAUUCCCCGGAAAAUUACCAUCUAUUCGUCCUCCCCCCGCCAGUUCUUCCCAUUCGCAGUUGGUCGUCAUAUCAGGCUCCGAUUAGUCGUAUUGUCCUCCCGAGGACACGGACGACGAGUGCUUCCAUUCGCCUUGCUGGUACCUAUCAGACAGAACAUACGUUUCCGGAAAGACCCGGAGAGCCGGAAUGCAGAUUCUAUUUACGGACCGGGAGUUGUAAAUUCGGGUCGGGAUGUAAGUACCAUCAUCCACCGAUGUCGUCUGAUCUUAUGCAAUCGAGCACGCCGGUGUGCUCUCGCUUUGCGGAAAAUGGAUUUUGCAGAUUCGGACCAUCGUGUAAGUACGAUCAUCUGGUGGGAAUUUUUCAGACAAAUUCUUGACUGUCGGGAGGUGGCAGUGGCAGCGGCUCUAUUUGUGGAGGGAGGUCCACGCAGCGGGGGAUGCAAGUUUCGGACUAGGACCGAAAUUCCGGGGCUAUUGGAUCCGAUCGAUCUGGGUUCGUAUUUUUCGCUGCUCGAUAGCCCUUUUCGCAUCGAAUUAGCGUAAUCGGACAGACGAACGCCGUUUCAGCAGGAUCGAGCUGAAAUCGCACGGUAUUCGCAUCGACGCCGCUCGAUUUUCGGAGCUUCUUUCGAUAUCUAUUUAAGGAAGAUGAUCCUAAGUUAAUGUCUAUAUAUAUGAAUGAGUGUCUAAACUCUUUACAUUAUGGUUCAUCAUGCCUUUGGAUUUUGUUACCCCUUUGGGGCAAUUAAGGUUGUUGCUUCAACGGCUAUAUUUUCUUGAA